UAUUGUUUUUUUCCAAGUUCAAGACUGUGUGUCUGGUGAUAUGCGGUUUGAGGAACGCACAAAGGGCAACGUUCGUGUCUCCGAGCUCUCCAAUGAUGACAUCAUUCGGGGUAUCAGAGGAGCUGACCGCGUUUGGCUGGUGCAGGGUGGAAGCCGUCUACCCCAGAAAAGGCAACAAAAACUUCACUACUUAUGACGGUUUUACACCAAAUCACAUGGUUAUCGAUGCUGGCACUGUUCGUCCGUACGGGAAAAGGGGUAACGCCACGAAAAGUCGACUCUACAUGCUUGCUACUGAAUGCGACGCCGCGGUGAAUGCAGCUGGCCAGGCUUUUAGCCCAAUCAGCACUGCAUUCUGUCCAUAUGAGCUGAGCUGGAGCGAGUAUCUUCCACUGAUAGCAGCCAUUUGUCGGGUUACCACUAGUACAGGAUACUUCUGGUAUUACAGCGACGCCUUCUACGACAACGAGACUGCUAGAGUUCCGCAGUGGAAAGGCAUGCUGCACGAUAUGUGCACAGAGCUUCUGCUGUGUGCUCGUGAGGGACAAUGCCAGAAGUUCGAGAAAGUGAUGGAAGAGUUUGUACAUGAGCACAUGAACACCAAGUACAGGGUGAUUGUAGAGAGCAUCUUCCCCAACAUCGGCGGUGACGUGGAAAAAUCAGAAUCUGGUUCCAUCAGCGAGAUGGUUCGUCCGCAAAAGAAAACUCAUACUUUGUUGUUCCUUGCUGUGGGUAGCGCCAUUGCUAUUGUCCUGAUCAUAAUGGCAGCAGCCUUCCUUGUGCACCGCGCCAGAGUGACUGGAAAGGGAAAAAUAGUGAAGGCUUCUCACUCAAGUGACCAUCCUCAAGCUAAAGCUCAAGAUGUGGAUGCCUGAACUGUUGUAAGCACAGUUGGUUUGUACCACUGAGACUCUCAGUAUACCUAGGAAAAUGUUUACUGAGUCUAUAGUUUGAAAUCAGGUGAAGCUUAGCUUUAGAUUUUGUCCCAAGUUCUGUAUUCGUGUGCAUAUCCAGUUUAUAGGCAUAACUGAAUUACUCGUUUUAAGGAUUUUUACAAGCUGGGAGACGUACAAAAUGAAGCUUUUUCAUUUUUCAUAUGCUAUUUUUGUUUUCAACCAGAAGCGAAUCAGGUCAACAUUUGAAAAAUAACGACCUGAAAGUGUGGGGUUGAGUUAGAGUUUAAAUUGAAGUAACAGCUGUGUGAUUGCCUGGGAAAACUCGCGCCACUUUUUCAACAAACUUCCAAAACCAAUCUCGAAUUGUGCAUGCUCACGCGCACCUUCCCUGACGUACGAUCAAGGCUAAUUUACCAUUUUGCUAGCUAAAAAAGAACGUUUGAUCACAGGUUACAUUUUCACGCGCUUGGCGCGAGCCACAUGUAGUUUUUUGCCGAAUUAUGUUUGGUUCAUUGAACAGUUUU